GUCAACGGCACCACCAAGGAAGAAUCGAUACGACAAGGGUAGAAGACGCAUAUACACACGCUACUCAUCACUACUCUAUCUCAUCAUCACCCCUCCUUCAUACAUGGCCUCUACCUCUGCUUCGUCCUCGACGAUAUCGCCCAAUCGCCAUCCUCGCGUCGGCCUCGCAGUCUUCCUCGUAGAUGACCGCGGAUACGUCCUCAUCGGCAAGCGCAAGGGCGCCCAUGGCAGCGGUACCCUCGCCCUACCCGGUGGACAUCUAGAAUGGAAUGAAUCCUUUGAGGAGUGCGCCGCUAGAGAGGUACUUGAAGAGACGGGGGUGGAGAUAGGAUCUCAUUUGGGCGAUGACGAGGUGGGGACAGCAGCAGGAGGGGGACCGUUGGAGGGACAGGGAGUCAAGUUCCUCACUGCCCUCAAUUGUACGGGCAUCACUGGCGGGCAAACCACAUCGCCGGAUGGACUACACUACGUCACCAUCUUCAUGAGAGCAAGGGUACACCGUAAGCCGGGGGAGCAGGAAGUGCCGGUCAAGCUGAUGGAGCCGGAGAAAUGCUCCGGGUGGGUCUGGGUACCUCUCAAGUAUCUCUUUUCCAACGCAGAGGCCCAAGCCUCCCUGGAGCGUAUGGAGGCAUCCGCACAGCAGCAAGGAAUCAGCCUAGGUGCCUCUAUGGAGAAGCUCCUCUUGGCCCAGCGACUGGGAGAACGAAUGCGGGAUGGCCAAGCAGCAGGAACAGAUGGUACUUCGGCGAUGCGAGGCGCUACAUUCGCUGGGAAAGCUGACGGGGAUCGCUUUGGGCCGCUGGAAGACGAGGAGUACGUUGCGUAUGCCCUCGCAGAUGAUCUGGCGCAAGGGGCCGUGCUAUUCAGGCCACUGACGGACCUCUGCAGGCAGCAGGAGAAGCUGCUAAGGGAAGAGCUAACCCCUACUACCCACGCCUCUUCGCCGUCAAAAUAUCGCUCCCCUGUGACCUCUCCUCGCAAGUCGGCAGCCGCUGCUGCUCCCCAGCUCCCGUCCGGGAUCCUAGAUCAAGACGCCACAGCCGUGAUCAACCAAGCCCUCUCCUCACCUCCCCACCUCAAGCACACCCUCACUCUCACUUUCCCCACUCCCACGCCGCGACAUGCACAGCAUCUCGCCUCGAUCCUCUCCGUGGACAAGCCUCUGCGGCCAAAUGAUACUUCCAUCAAGUACGAGCCACGCGCGGCAAGUCUGAGCGUGGAGCUCAAGACUAGCACAGUGAGGCUUCUGAGACUAGCGGGGAAUUCGCUCUUGGAGGAUGUGGCGCUGGUGCUUAGGACCAUGCAGGCUUUCCCCGGACCUGGAGGGGUUGGUGCCGGGAAGCGUGUGGAAGGAGUGGUUCUUCAUCAGCAGGAGACGGGAGAGGGAGCGGCUGGUGAGCAGGAAGUCUUUGAAGAAGGGACAGUGGGAAAAGUAGAGAGACCUGGGGCUUAGAGCAAGGAGGCAGCAUCGCACCUACCGGCAGCAUUGCCUAGAUGCCCAGCCGCCCGUCUCGCUCGUCACGCGAAGCAUACUAACACGCAGAGCAGUCUAGACGGGCCAUUGCGCCCAACAAUGCAGUAUCUAAUGGAUAUGUCAUUACUUGCAAGAGCACUGCUCCCUCGGCUCCAACACACACAUCGAUCUCUCUCGUGUCAAGCAAGUGCUGCAGCUCAAACGCGCUCGAGAACCAGUGCGAUUCCCUGUCCACCACCGAUGCACGCGCUGACUACGGCGUGCUUCUUGUCCAGUCGGAUGAGGUUGUGAACAGCAUUCGCAGUGAUUCUGGCGCCUGACGCGGCGAGCGGGUGACCCA